AACUCCAAGUAUCUCACUACAAUCAAAUAUGAACGCCUUCAAGAUUUUCUUGGCUAUUGCCUUUGUGCAGGUUGCUUCAGCCAAUUUCCCGGACUAUUGGAGUCACGAUGGCAUGGGUACGGAUAUUACGGAAAUCAACCAUGAAGAUAUCAUAAAGGAGACAAUUGAGCUUCCACCUCAUCCCCAUCUUCCUCCACCACCACCAGUAUCUUCGGGGCCUCUUCUCCCACCCCCACCACCACCAUGUGCCAAGUCUGAGGUUGUCUAUGAGAAACCACUCAUUGCUGAACAUACCCCAUGCAAGGAGCAACAGAAGGUCUACCUCCAUCGUCAACCACCAAUUAUUGUCCGUCCACCACCAUCGAAGAUCCUCGUAAAUCAUCCCCCAGUUAUCGUGAAGCAGCCCCCAGUUAUCCUCCAUCACCACAGCCGCUCUCCAGUAAUUGUCAAGCCUGUGAUCAUCCGCGAAAAGGAGGUAGCAACCAAGCCUGUCCUCUUCAAGGUGGCUCAACCCAAGGGUAAAGUUUGGGUUUCCAAGUGCCAAAAGCCCGAAGUUCAGGUCUCCCACACAUGCAAUGAGGGAUGCAAUCAUCAUAUGCCAUCAUACCAUACAGGUCCUCAUGGUGAUCUGGAUUUCUAAAGAAUCUCUAAUGUCGAUGA